AUGACUCCCCUCCCCAUCUCCUACCAACGGCGACGUGGCGACCAACAACAGAUCAACAACAACGACUAUGGACAACGAAUGACGAAGAAGGGUGACAACAAAGAUGAUCGGCAACAAAUGACCAUGACCACCAUCAACGAUGAUGAAUAACCCCCCGAGAACGAACCAUGACCGCCAACGAUAACGACGAAUGAUGACUACAACGAUGACAACAACGAUGACCGACUACGACAACGACAAUGGAUUUAGUUAUAAUAGUUG